CCCGCUGUCGGCCCGCCCCUCCUCACGCGGGCGGCCAUGGCGGCGCUGCUGCGCCCGCGCGCCGCUCGUCGCCUGCCGCUUCCCCCGCGCCGCGCGCUGCGUUCCGUGCCGGCCGCGCUGCUGCCCCGGGGAGCGCUGCUGGGCGGGCGCUGGGUGGACACCGCGGCCGCCUUCGCCGUGCGGGACCCGGCCAGCGGCGCCGAGCUGGGCCGUGUGGCCGACUGCGGCCCCGACGAGGCUAGGGCGGCCGUGAGGGCGGCACAUGGGGCGGGGGCGGAGUGGGGCCGGCGCCCCGCCAGGGAGAGGAGCAUGCUGCUCCGCAGGUGGUAUGAGCUGAUGAUGGAGAACAAGGAGGAGCUGGCACGGAUCAUCACGGCUGAGAAUGGGAAGCCUCUGAAAGAAGCACAGGGAGAAAUCUUGUAUUCUGCCUCAUUCCUGGAGUGGUUUGCAGAGGAAGCUCGACGGGUUUACGGUGAUGUCAUUCCAGCACCUGCAACAGACAGAAGAAUGGUGGUGCUCAAACAGCCAGUCGGAGUGGCAGCUGUCAUAACCCCAUGGAAUUUCCCCAGUGCUAUGAUUACUCGGAAGGUUGGUGCAGCUCUGGCUGCUGGCUGUACGGUGGUAGUGAAACCCGCAGAGGACACACCUUUAUCAGCACUAGCUCUUGGGGAGCUUGCCAAUCAGGCUGGAAUUCCAGCGGGAGUGUAUAAUGUUGUUCCUUGUUCCAGACAACAGACAGCAGCUGUUGGGGAAGUUCUGUGCACUGAUCCAUUGGUAGCCAAAAUUUCUUUUACUGGCUCUACAUCGACAGGAAAGAUAUUGAUGAAACAUGCAAUUGGCACUGUGAAGCGAGUUUCCAUGGAGCUUGGAGGACAUGCUCCUUUUAUAGUGUUUGACAGUGCUGAUGUGGACCGUGCUGUUGCAGGAGCCCUUGCUUCUAAGUUUAGAAACUCAGGCCAGACCUGUGUUUGCACAAACCGUUUCCUGGUGCAAAAGGGAAUCCAUGACAAAUUUGUGGAGAAGCUUGCUAAAGCUAUAGAGAGAGAACUACGCGUUGGAAGUGGAUUUGAUGCAAAAACUACCCAAGGGCCACUGAUCAAUGAAAAAGCAGUGGAGAAGGUAGAGAGACAUAUUAACGAUGCCGUUUCUCAAGGAGCAUGUGUUGUGACUGGAGGGAAACGACACAGCUUGGGGAAGAAUUUCUUUGAGCCAACAUUACUUAGUAACGUUACAACAAAGAUGCUUUGCACCCAAGAGGAGACGUUUGGCCCUUUGGCACCAGUUAUCAAAUUUGAAACUGAAGCAGAAGCUGUUGCUAUAGCAAACACAGCUGAUGUGGGUUUAGCAGGAUAUUUCUACUCCCAAGAUCCAGCUCAGAUAUGGAGAGUUGCAGAACAGCUUGAAGUUGGAAUGGUUGGCAUUAAUGAAGGCAUAAUCUCUGCAGUGGAGAGUCCUUUUGGUGGGGUAAAACAGUCUGGCUUAGGACGAGAAGGUUCAAAGUAUGGCAUCGAUGAAUACUUAGAAAUAAAAUAUGUCUGCUUCGGAGGUUUAUGAAAAUCUUCAGAAAGCACAAUCCAAAUAGCUUGGAAAAGAGUGCUGUAGUUUUAAUAAGCUUCUUGAACCAGAAAUACAUAUGAAUGCAACUUCUACCUUCUUUAAAACUAAGCAACCCUGUUCUGUAUGUGUAGAGGUACUUAAAAUGUUCUGUGCUGCCGUAUGUUUUUACAUGUUCUUUAUUUAUACAUUCAGUUUUCAGCAAUGUGAUCACAAUGUCCAGCAUUUUUUAGUAAGGAGUAGGUAAGAAUGCACAUUUCUUAUACAGGUGAAUGUCUCCUAGGGAGGGAGGUUUAAAAACCUUUGAACUUGUGGCCUAAUGAAGAUUUCAAUAGAAGUGAUUAGAGGUUUGACUUCUACGCAUCACCUUACUAUUUUGUCAUCUUCAGGAGGUGACGUAAAGCUUCCUUACUACAAAAUAAAGAAUGCUGUUUAAACUCUAUUUUCAUGGCAGUUAAAAGAAGCACUUUAAAAAAUGUGCAGUGUUGAUUUAGCAAUUAAAUCAGCACUGCAGAAGCUAAGGGAAAUGAAUUUUAUCUCUUGUGAUGGUUAACUUUGGUGGGGCUUUG